AUGUGGAGGAGCCCAGGGAUGGACGUCGUCUGCUCCUGGUGGACAGCGACACAGAUGUGGAGGAGGAUCCAGAUGUGCCCCAAAAUCCAGAUGUGGAAGAACCCAGAGAUGGACAGCAGAUGCUCCUGGUGGACAGCGACACGAACGUGGAGGAGGAUCCAGAUGUGCCCCCAAAUCCAGAUGUGGAGGAGACCAGGGCUGGAUGUGGGAUGCUCCUGGGGGACAGUGACACAGAUGUGGAGCAGGAUCCAGAUGUGGCCCCCAAGAGACCCCAAAUGGCCCUGAAUGUGCCCCCAAAUCCAGAUGUGGAGGAGCCCAGGGAUGGACAUCAGAUGCUCCUAGUGGACAGUGAUACAGAUGUGGAGGAGGAUCCAGAUGUGCCUCCCAAAAGGGCCCUGAGUGUGCCCCUAAAUCCAGAUGUGGAGGAGCCCAGGGAUGGACAUCAGAUGCUCCUAGUGGACAGUGAUACAGAUGUGGAGGAGGAUCCAGAUGUGCCUCCCAAAAGGGCCCUGAGUGUGCCCCUAAAUCCAGAUGCGGAGGAGCCCAGAGAUGGACGUCGUUUGCUCCUGGUGGACAGCGACACGGAUGUGGAGCAGGAGGAACCGGAUCCAGAUGUGGCCACCCAGCCCUACCUCCCUGCAGAUCCAGCUGUGGAGGGCUCCCGGGGGGGUCAGGGAAUGCUCCUGGGGGACAGUGACACAGAUGUGGAGGAAGAUCCAGAUGUUGGGACCCCCGAGGGACCUGAACAGGCCUCAAAAGUGCCUCAGGGUCCAUAUGUGGGGGGACCCCAAAACGGCCCAGGGAGCCUCGGGGGGGACAGUGGGACAGAUGUGGAGGAGGAACUGGAUCCAGAUGUGGCCACCCAGCUGUUCCUCCCCUCUCCAGAUGUGGCCCAGGGGCAGGUCCUGCCUGGGGAUGACAACAAGGAGGAGGAGGAGGAGCCAGAUCCAGAUGUUUCCCUGCCAAAGAGGCGUCGGGUGGCCCUUGAAGCUCCAGAUGUUGUGGAGGGGCUGACGAGCCCCAGGACAUCCUCCCCGGAUCCAGAUGUGGCCACACAGCUGUUCCUGCCCCCUCCAGAUGUUGAGGGGCCCUGGGCAGUGAACGGUGAGACAGAUGUGGGGGAGGAGGAGGGACCAGGUCCAGAUGUUGGAGCCCCGAGGAGCCCGAGAGUGCCCCUAGACCUGCCCGAGGCUCCAGAUGUGGGGGAGGAGGCCCCAAAUCCACCCCAGAGCACACUGGGGGUGGACAGUGAGACAGAUGUGGAGGAGGAGGAACUGGACCCAGAUGUGUCCACCCAGCUGUUCUUGCUCCCUCCAGAUGUGCAUGAGGAGACAGAUCCAGCUGUUGGGGGCCCCAAACCCCCUGAAAUGGCCCUGGUGGUGCCCGAGACUCCAGAUGUGGGGGGGAAGGCCCCAAAUCCAGAUGUUGGGAGGCCCCAGGGGGCUCCCAGAGCACUGGUGGUGGACACUGAUAUAGAUGUGCAGGAGGAAGAGGAGGCAGAUGCAGAUGUUGGAGCCCCAGAGAGCCCCAGAGCAGCCCCAGAGGUGCCUGGAUCUCCAGAUGUGGUGAUGGAGAGCCCAAAUCCAGGUGUUGCCCGGCCCAGGAGUAGACACCAGAGGCUCCUGGUGUUGGACAGCGACACAGAUGUGGAAGAGGAGGAGGAGGAGGAACCAGAUCCAGAUGAGGCCACCCAGGCCUACCCCUCCCAUCCAGAUGUUGGAGGGGGUUGGGCCCUGCCAGGGAGCUGCCACACAGAUGUGCAGGAGGAGGGGCCAGAGCCAGAUGUUGGGCCCUCCAGCAGGGCCAGGGUGGCUCUGAAUGUACCUGAGACUCCAGAUGUGGGGAGGAAGGUGCCAGAGCCAGAUGUUGGAGCCCCCAAAACAAGCAGAGGGACCCCAAACCUACCUGAGACUCCAGAUGUGGUGGCAGAGACCCCAAAUCCAGAUGUUGUCGGGCACAGAGCCCAAAGGCUCCUGGUGGUUGGCAGCAACACAGGUGUGGAGGAAGAGGAGGUCAGUCCAGAUGUUUUAGCCUCCCUGAGACCCAAACCAACCCUUAAGGUCCUUGAAACUUCAAAUGUGAGGGCAGAGACCCCAAAUCCAGAUGUUCGACCCACCAGAAGAUCCAGAGCAGCCCCAAAGGGACCUGCAGCUCCAGAUGUGGUGGUGGAGACCCCAAAUCCAGAUGUUAGGAGGUCACGGAGGGGUCAGAGGGCACUGCUGGGGGACACUGAGACAGAUGUGGAGGUGAAGGUGUCAGAUUCAGAUGUUGGGCCCACCAGAAGAUCCAGAACAGCCCCAAAGGGACCUGAAGCUCCACAUGUGAUGGUGGAGAGCCCAAAUCCAGAUGUUGGACCUUCUAGAAGAUCCAGAAGAACCCCAAAGGGACCUGAAGCUCCACAUGUGAUGGUGGAGAGCCCAAAUCCAGAUGUUGGACCUUCUAGAAGAUCCAGAAGAACCCCAAAGGGACCUGAAGCUCCAGAUGUGGUGGAGAGCCCAAAUCCAGGGGUCAGGAGGUCCCAGAGGGGUCUCAGGGCACCUCUGGGGGACACAGAGACAGAUGUGGAGGUAAAGGCUUCAAAUCCAGAUGUUGGACCUUCUAGAAGAUCCAGAAGAACCCCAAAGGGACCUGAAGCUCCAGAUGUGGAGUCAGAGCCCCCAAAUGCAGAUGUUGGACCCGCCAGAAGAUCCAGAACAGCCCCCAAGGUGUCUGAAGCUCCAGAUGUGGUGGAGAGCCCAAAUCCAGGGGUCAGGAGGUCCCAGAGGGGUCUCAGGGCACCUCUGGGGGACACAGAGACAGAUGUGGAGGUAAAGGCUUCAAAUCCAGAUGUUGGACCUUCUAGAAGAUUCAGAAGAACCGCAAAGGGACCUGAAGCUCCAGAUGUGGAGUCAGAGCCCCCAAAUGCAGAUGUUGGACCCGCCAGAAGAUCCAGAACAGCCCCCAAGGUGUCUGAAGCUCCAGAUGUUGGGCCCACCAGAAGGUCCAGAAUGGCCCCCAAGGGGCCUGAAGCUCCACUCAAAUCCAGAUGUUGGGCCCACCAGAAGGUCCAGAAGAAGGUCGUCAGGGCACCUCUGGGGCACACUGAGACAGAUGUGGAGGCAAAGGCCUCAAAUCCAGAUGUUGGGCCCACCAGAAGGUCCAGAAUGGCCCCCAAGGGGCCUGAAGCUCCAGAUGUGGAGAGCCCAAAUCCAGGGGUUAGGAGGUCCCAGAGGGGUCUCAGGGCAGCUGUGGGGGAAACUGAGACAGAUGUGGAGGCAAAGGCCUCAAAUCCAGAUGUUGGACCGGCCAGAAGGUCCAGAACAGCCCCAAAUGUGUCUGAAGCUCCAGAUGUGGUGGUGGAGAGCCCAAAUCCAGGGGUUAGGAGGUCUCAGAGGGGUCUCAGGGCACCUCUGGGGCACACUGGGACAGAUGUGGAGGCAAAGGCCUCAAAUCCAGAUGUUGGACCGGCCAGAAGGUCCAGAACAGCCCCAAAUGUGUCUGAAGCUCCAGAUGUGGUGGUGGAGAGCCCAAAUCCAGGGGUUAGGAGGUCUCAGAGGGGUCUCAGGGCAGCUGUGGUGGGCACUGAGACAGAUGUGGAGGCAAAGGCCUCAAAUCCAGAUGUUGGGCCCACCAGAAGGUCCAGAACAGCCCCCAAGGUGUCUGAAGCUCCAGAUGUGGAGCCACAGCCCCCAAAUCCAGAUGUUGGGCCCACCAGAAGGACUAAAAGAGCUCCAAAGGGGCUGGAGACUCCAUGGAGGCAGGAGCCUCAAAUCCAGAUGUUGGAGCCCCAAAGAGAGCCAAGAGAGCCUUAA